GAUAUCCGGUAUUGAUGUAACUGGAGUGAAUAAGGGAACCUUCUACCUGAGCACAGACAUUGGAGCCUGUUAUCAGCAUGAACUCAUAUGUGUUAGACAAACACGUAAAUAGUUCAUAUCCAUCCUUCACUACAGGAAGUAUCAGAAUGAUACCGCAAACUCCAGUAGUCUUAGACACCAAUGACUAUUCACAAACAUUGGGGAAAUCACAGCAGAUAUUUAAAGAAGAUGGAGAAUUGGCAGGAACUGGGAAGCAAUCAUUAUGUACAGAGAGUAAUUUAGUCAUCAAACAGGAGGACAACAUUUAUGCCUUUUCUAAUAAAAUGAUUAUCCCAGAGGAUAAACCACACACAUUUACUGAGUUACCAAAACAUAGUAAAGAAGGGAAAAGUCUACAGUCUAGCCAAAUGAUUCAUACAAAGAAGCAACCUUUCAAAUCUCCAAAAUGUAAGAAAAGCUUUAGAUGGAAGUCUCAUCUACUAGAACACCACAAAAUUCACACAGGUGAGAAACCAUGCACAUGUACUGAGUGCGGCAAAUGUUUUACACAAAUUAAUUCUCUGAAAACUCAUGAAAGGAUUCACACAGGGGAAAAGCCUUUCACAUGUACAGAGUGUGAAAAAAGUUUUACACAAAAGAGUAAUCUGAAAAGUCAUGAAAAGAUUCACACAGGAGAAAAGUCUUUCACAUGUACAGAGUGUGGAAAACGUUUUACACUAAAGAGUGAGCUGAAAAUUCAUGAAAGGAUUCACACAGGAGAAAAGCCUUUCACAUGUACAGAGUGUGGAAAAUGUUUUACACAAAAGAGUAAUCUGAAAAGUCAUGAAAAGAUUCACACAGGAGUAAAGCCUUUCACAUGUACAGAGUGUGGAAAACGUUUUACACUAAAGAGUGAGCUGAAAACUCAUGAAAGGAUUCACACAGGAGAAAAGCCUUUCACAUGCAAAGAGUGUGGAAAAAGUUUUAAACAAAUAAAUGGUCUGAAAACUCAUGAAAGGAUUCACACAGGGGAAAAGCCGUUCACAUGUACAGCAUGUGGAAAAAGUUUUACACAAAAGAGUGAUCUGAAAAAGCAUGAAAGGAUUCACACAGGGAAAAAGCCGUUCAAAUGCACCGAGUGUGGAAAAGGUUUUACACAAAUUAAUCAUCUGAAAACUCAUGAAAGGAGUCACACAGGAGAAAAGCUUUUCACAUGUACAGAGUGUGGAAAAAGUUUUACACAAAUAAGUAGUCUAAAAACUCAUGAAAGGAUUCACACAGGGGAAAAGCCUUUCACAUGCACAGAGUGUGGGCAAAGUUUUACACAGAAGAGUAAUCUGAAAAAGCAUGAAAUGAUUCACACAGGGGAAAAGCCUUUCACAUGUACAGAGUGUGGAAAAAGUUUUACAGAAAAGAGUAGUCUGAAAAGUCAUGAAAGGAUUCACAAGGGAAGAAACAUUUCACAUGUUUAGAAAUUGGAAAAAAUGUUUUUAUUGAAAUCAGGUAUCACAAAACACCAAAUAUUUACACACAAAUAAACUUCAUAUACACAGUGUACAAACCUUUUUUACAAUUAUCCUAAAGAGGACAAACUCUCUAAAUAGAAGCAUCAAAAAGGAUCCUAUUGUAAAUAAUACUUUCUAAUCCCAGUUAUAAAAGCCCCAAAUUGGAAGUGCUCUCCUGUUGUCCUUUGUUCCUCUAUAUAUGUGCACCUCAGUUUCUCUCAUAUCAAUGUGAUAGAAUACAAACACCACACAGGAAUACACAGAUUUGUCCUCAUACUGACCAGUUUACACAACCAUUCACCACCAAACCACCCCCAGUGUUGUUUAUUAAUAUGUCAGUGUUAGGAGUUGUACGUUUGAUUUACAUAUGGGAGAAAAUAAUUAUAUUUACAGAAUAAAGAGUCUUUAUAUGAACAGAGUGUUAGAAAUUUAUAUCAACAAGAACAUCAGUCUCAAAUGAUUAACAUCUGGGAGAUAUAUUUAAUGUGCACAUCAUGUGGAUAAACCUUUUCUUAUAGCAAUAGAUGCUUAGCAUUGUACAUGUUAUAUGCCAGAGGAAUUACUGAUGGGAAACUGAUUUUAUUUCAUGAGACACAAUAUCAGUAACCGGUACAUAUGUGAUCAUAAUCAGUUUAAUUUAAAUGGCUACUAUAACCUACAUGUAUACUGGGUAUGUAAUAUGUGUGUCAUGUGAUCAUAAUCAGUUUAAUUUAAAUGGCUACUAUAACCUACAUGUAUACUGGGUAUGUAAUAUGUGUGUCAUGUGAUCAUAAUCAGUUUAAUUUAAAUGGCUACUAUAACCACAUGUAUACUGGGUAUGUAAUAUGUGUGUCAUGUGAUCAUAAUCAGUUUAAUUUAAAUGGCUACUAUAACCUACAUGUAUACUGGGUAUGUAAUAUGUAUGUCAUGUGAUCAUAAUCAGUUUAAUUUAAAUGGCUACUAUAACCUACAUGUAUACUGGGUAUGUAAUAUGUGUGUCAUGUUCUGUAACUUGAUAUUAUGUCUGUUAGAUGUUUUCAUGUUAGUUAGAAGCCACAAGAACUGAUAAUAGCACAUACUGUAUAUAUAAAGGGAACAUUAUAUGUCUGAUAAAUCCCUUUGUAUCAAGAGCACAAGUGUUAGGUACAUUUAUACAAUUGUGUGCACAUAAAAUGGAAAAUUCAAAAACAAGGUGUCAUGAUAUCAAGCUGAAGGGUAGUAGAUUCAGGAGUAAUUUGAGGAAGCACUUCUUUACAGAAAGAGUAAUUGAUUUAUGGAAUAAACUUCCUCAAGAGGUAGUAAUGACAAACACUGGGGGGACUUUAAAAAUGCCUGGGACAAGCAUAAGGCUAACCUACAAACUAGAUAAGUUUAUAUUGUUAGGUAAUAUCAGGCAGACUUGCUGGGCCUAUGGCUCUUAUCUGCCGUCAAUAUCUAUGUAUGUUUCUAUAUCAUGUAAUGCUGCUUUUUACUAUAUAAUGAUAUGUAAUGUUUUUUCAUGCAAAUAAAAAGUGAUUGUAAUCCAGACCA